AUGACCAAGCACUACAAAGAUCCUGAACAACUCAAUAGAAUCAUUAUUGAUAAACUCAGACAAUCCGGUAGACUAUUUGUUAGAGAGGUUUUCAACGACAUGCAGAAUGUGACACUGAACGUAGAGUUAGAGAAGCGUUACCGUAACUCGGACAAAGAACCUAUACACACGCAAAUUCUCAAGAUCAUAAGAUACCAAGCACUUACGUACUAUGGACAAUAUGAGAAAGUAGACGCCAUCAUCAAAGCAGACAAACAGCCUGAUGGAAAUGAAGGUCACUUAUCCGAUAUGAAACACACUGUGUUUCACUCUCGUACGGAAGCAACCGUAAGAGCAGUAGCUAAAGUACAGCCAGUCUCAGCACAAACCAGACAAUGGCGCACCGAACCAAACCAACCAAACCAAUAG